UUAAAGGCGUAUUUAAAGCGCUGGUUUCAGAUGCGGGAGCAGCUACAGACAACCUAUGCAACAAAAGCCGAGCCGCUGUCCGGACCUGAGCGGACACGAAAACAAACGAAGACUGGGGCUGACACGACGCGGCGAGGUGCAACUUCAGGACCAGUGACAGAGAUUGUAGCUUGGACCAAAACUGCAACGUCUCAACGACAUUUAUGAAUCUUUUAAGGCCUUUUGACUGAUCAGCCAAUCGAUGGGGAUUUUCAGAGAAGCUCCGCCCACCUGCACCAUCCACCCCGCUCCACCUCCCCCCUCCUCCCUCCACGCCCUCUUCGAGCCCUGUUUAGUAAAAAUGACUCUUGAACUCACCGAAUGGUCUUCUAUAUGGAUUUUUACCGCUUCUAAUAGACAGUAAACCAAACCGAGGGUGGACCUCAAAUGACAGAAAAGCCAUAAUUUUUCACUUUUACACCUAACCACAUACUGCAUACAUGCACCAUACAGCCAUUAUACAGAUUUGAACAUACACAAAACCAAAAUCUAAGCUGACUUUCCAGGAGCUUGCUCAAAUGCACACUAUUGGAAUGUACUGUGCAAUCUUCCUGUGAAAAUUCGACCGCUUCUCUCGUUUUUGGGGGACUUAUGUUAAAAAAAGCUCUUUAUUUCUUGAAGAUUAGUCUGUUACAUUAGCUAAUUUUGAAUCAAUGCGGAUCUGCACAAAGUAGUUUUAUUAUUGUUUAUACUUGUGUCCACAGCCUUCUAGUUUAGCAAAUUUAGACAAUUUAAUUACCUCACAGGACAGGGCAUACGUUUGUAAAGCUCUGAUUUUGUUUGUUUGUUCUUAUACCAGUCAAUUAGCUUGAACUCCUGUUACCUAGUGUUAGUAUUGAAGAGCUUGCAUUUGAAACUUCCUGCUACUUCGAAGACUUAAUAACUUGACAUAGCUUGUAGUAUUGCCGUUUUUCAUCGAGAAAUAGGUCAGGAGGGCGCGUUUGAUUUUUUCCGAGUGCAUGCCCUCCAGGAUGCCUCCACAGAACACAGAGGCUGAAGCCAUGCAGGUCGGGUCUCUGGUGGUCAAUGGUAACAAAAACCCAACGGUGGUGAACGUGGCCGAGGAAAAGGGCGGAGCAGGUGCAGCGCGAGAGGCGGAAGGAUCGGGUGUAAACGCUGCAGCAGUGGGGGAAGGGGAGUCAGAGAGUGAAGGGUCCAUAGAGGGCAUCCCGGUGAAGAGAUGGGUGAUGCACGGAGCGGUUAUGUUCGGCCGGGAAUUCUGCUACGCCAUGGAGACGGCGCUGGUCACACCUGUGCUGCUGCAGAUAGGCCUUCCAGAACAAUACUACAGCCUUACGUGGUUCUUGAGUCCCGUUUUGGGCCUCAUGUUCACCCCUCUGAUUGGCUCAGCCAGUGACCGCUGCACCCUGAGGUGGGGCAGGAGACGACCCUUCAUCCUGGCACUUUGUAUAGGCACUCUCAUCGGGGUGGCUCUCUUUCUCAAUGGAUCAUUAAUAGGUCUGGCAUUGGGCGAUGAACAGGGCAGUCAGCCUAUAGGGAUUGUCCUGACCGUUUUAGGGGUGGUGGUUUUAGACUUUUGUGCGGAUGCGACGGAGGGUCCAAUCAGAGCAUACCUGCUGGACGUGGCUGACACUGAAGAACAAGACAUGGCCCUGAACAUCCACGCUGCAUCGGCUGGUCUUGGUGGUGCAGUGGGAUAUGCUCUGGGAGGUCUGAACUGGACCCACACGUUUUUGGGAGCAGCCUUUAAAUCGCAGGAGCAGAUUCUGUUCUUCUUUGCAGCGAUCCUCUUCACCGGGUCUGUGGUACUGCACUUGUUCAGCAUCGAGGAGCAGCAGUACAUGCCCCAGCAUGACCGUCUUGAUCAGGAGAGUCCAGAUCCCGCCCAGUCUCAAUCAUUGCCCAAUGGGAAGGCAGGAUUACUCGCCCCAAAACUGGAGAUGAUUGGAGAAGAUGAAACGAUGGACAGUUUUGACCUCUAUGACCCUUAUGGAGAUGACCAAUCCGAUCAUGAUAUGGACAUGGACUUCCUGGAAGUGGAGCUUGUGAGGAGUAAAAGUGACAGUGUUUUGGCCAUGGCUGAUGCAACCCUGGACCACAUAGAACAUGACUCUUGGUUUUUGUGCCACUUGGAGCCGUCCAUUUUUGCCGAUCGCCUGUCUCCGUACAACAGCUCCUCUCCUCCCGCCUCUACCUCCGUCUUCCCUCCCCACCACGCUACGCCUCCCCCGGGUAACGCUAACAUCCGUCGCAGCAGCAGCGCAGGAAGUCAAGACCUACUCCGCCCACACAUCAACCACCAUCACCAACAAACUCAUCAAACACACAUACCCAAAAUAUCCCGGUUAUCAAUGUUUUUGCAAGAAAUGGAGAAUGAUGACGGACAAGAGGCGUUGCUAAAUAAUCAACUGAAUGAGCAGCGUACGUUAAAUGGCAGACUGUUAGCGGGUGUAGCUAAUGGUGAUGGAUCAGGUGGCGAUGCUAACAAGCUCAGCACGAAAGGUCAAGCUCACCGUGCUGGGAUGGUCAAAGCUGCCAGUACCGGAGCUGCAGUUCGUCACUCUCGAUAUCGCCACACCUUUUACAGGCAGCCAUCUUGCACUUUCUCGUACUAUGGUCGCGUGGGGAGUCAUCGCUACCGUUACCGUAGAGCCAACGCCGCUUUCCUGAUCAAACCGUCUCGCAGCAUGAACGACUUGUACGAAGUGGAGGCCCGACAUCGUAGAAGAAACAGGCAGAGGAACAGACAUCGUAGUGGAAAUACGAACUCUUCCAGUGGGGACACAGAGAGUGAAGAGGGAGAGGUUGAGACCACAGUGCGCCUCUUGUGGCUGUCCAUGCUGAAGAUGCCUCCAGAGUUACUGCGUCUGUGUGCGUGCCACCUCCUCACCUGGUUUUCCAUCAUCGCCGAAGCUGUUUUCUUUACCGAUUUCAUGGGACAAGUCAUCUACCAUGGAGAUCCCACUGCUCCUGCAAACACCACUGAGUUUGACAAUUACCAAAAUGGUGUUCAAAUGGGGUGCUGGGGGCUGGUUAUAUAUGCUCUAACUGCAGCUACAUGUUCAGCAAUUCUUCAAAAAUACUUGGACAACUUUGACUUGAGCAUAAAGGUUAUCUACAUCCUGGGAACACUUGCAUUUUCUAUAGGCACGGCGGUCAUGGCGUUAUUUCCAAAUGUGUACGUUGCCAUGGUCAUGAUCAGCAGCAUGGGCAUUAUCUCCAUGAGUAUUUGCUACUGUCCCUAUGCUCUGUUAGGACAAUACCAUGAAAUCAAAGAGUACAUCCAUCACAGCCCUGGUAACUCAAGAAGAGGCUUUGGUAUCGACUGUGCAAUCUUAUCCUGCCAGGUGUACAUCAGUCAGAUCUUGGUGGCUUCAGCGUUGGGAGCAGUUGUGGAAGCUGUGGGCAGUGUACGUGUCAUUCCCAUGGUGGCCUCCGGGGGCUCUCUGCUUGGUUUCUUCACAGCCUGGCUCUUGGUGAUCUAUCCUUCUCCAAACAGCAGUGAUGCAGAUUCUACCAAAGCAUCAGAGAAAAAAGCCUUGACAACACCAGAAAACUCCAAUGAUAACUCUGUCGCUGUGGUAAUCGUCAAAGAGAAACCAAGCUUCUGGAAACUCAACAAAGAGGGGAAGGCAGCUACCACCACCUCUUCAAGUCACACAGAGAAUGAGUCUGUACUGUGACGGGUUGAAAAGACGUUCAUUGACUUUUAAAAGCCUCCGUCCACAUUGCAACAAGACAGAGAGGAGAUUUUGUUCCUGGUUCUAGGAAGAUGGUUUUAUUUCCUAGAACCAGGAACGGGACCAGCAUCACACCAGACCAAUAUUUGAAAGUUAAAAUCAUUCACUGUCGGCCAUCUUUGAAAUUCCUUCCACUUCUCCUUGAAUGGACUACGGACUGAUUAGCUAGAAGUCAUUAUUAAUUUAUUGGUGGUGCUUCUAUAUAAGGAGUUUGUGUCGUGUCUCUCAGGACCUCUAGGAGGUGAUACUGAGCCACCGCCUGGAAAAAACAAGAUAUCUUCAGGGGACUAAAACACACAAUCAAAACCAGUAAAGGACACUGAAAAUGAACAUUUAAAAGCUGCAGAUGCAGGAAACCGUUCUUCCUUGCUGUGGAGUUGAUUGAAUGUCAGCCAUUUUCGAUGUUUGCUGACGUGGUUGAGAAUAAACAACAAAACUGCGUCGUGGGACUCUUGACCACUGCAGUAGCUUUAAGACAUUUGGAAGUGGCAUUUUUCAAAAGCCUGGAUUCGGAUCAUUGCUGAUGCUUGAUCCAAAAUGUUUUAAUAUUGCCCUUCCUUAUGUUUCUGUCAGGGCAAGUUGAUUCAGCUCAAGUAGCCUAUACACAAAUCAGGCAUAACUUAAUGACCACUUCAUCCUACAAAAGGUGUUCAAAACUUUUAAGCAAGUUUGACAAGGGCCAAACGAUGGCUAGAUUGCAGUGGCCAGUGUCACUCAAAAGUGGUCCGAGCAAGAAUCACUGAGGAUGUAAGGAAGUAGUGAAGGCUGACCAAGCUGAUUUGAAUCGAACGAAGUAUAGUUCUUGUAUUUGAGAGAUGAUCUUAACGUUAUGCCUGAUUGGUGAACAUUCAGUUAUAUUAAAAUGUAUAUUGGGUAAUUUCCAGGACAAAUGAGCAUAGAUGCAAUAUGUGCAGUAUACAGGGCAUUACAAUCUUAAAUAUUUUUUGACAUACAUAGACAGAUCAAGGUUUAUUUUAAUUACGUAAUUUAGACAAGACUUAAUGCUGCAUGUCGUACCAAACAAGUGAGGAGACGAUCUUCCUCCUCCAGCUUUGAUUUAACUUACAGAAGAUGCUGUUUAAGCACAACUAGCUGAGCCAUUGAGUGUUUAAAAAUAUGUUAUUUUUGAAGUGGCUUCCAUCUUUGUUGUGCUCAAUGUAAAGUAAUGCCUCGAUUGUCAGGAAUAUGUAGCCUAUAAGUACGACAGGGUUGACUUUUAAGUGUGAGUUGGUUCCACUGUAUUUUGGGCCAAAUUUAAUCAGGAAAGAAGUCAUGUUGUAUGGCUUGUGUUGUGCGUGAAUGAAGGUUUACAAAAGGAUAGAAAGAGAGCUUGGUGGAGGCACAGGGUUUAUUAUAUGCUAGUUAUAGCAGUUACAAAAAAUAUGGAAAUGUUGGUUUUUACAUGGAGGAAUACUUGCGUUGAAUUAGGUAUUUCAAUAUUUGGGCUUUUUAAAAAAUACUAUUGUUUGGGUGGCUGAAAACUGCCACAGGGUUUAUUUAGAAUUUGGGAGGUUGUUGUAUUUGAAACAUUCAUAGUGAUUGUGUUUUGUGUUUUGACAAAUCAGACCAUUCGUUGCAAUAACAGCCUUUUAAAAAAAAAAAGAAAAAAAAGAAAAAAAAAGGUGAAAAAUUAAGAUCAGAAUUAUAUGGGUUGACAAGGGUUUGCAAAUUUGUAUUUGGUAAAGGCUAUGAGUUUUAACAUGCAAAUACGUUGCAGUGGUGAAUGUUAGCUGAAAUUAAUCUUAAUUUUACUGUUGGUGGUUUUAAGGAUAAUUCAUUUAACAGAGAAGUUCUCAAAAGUUGUGAUUCCUAUUUUUAACAUUCAGGUACAUUCAGUUAAUCUCAAUGCAGAUUACAGCAAUAUUUUGGCUUUGAAAUUAUCAAGAUCUUUGUGGUUUUCAAGGGAAUCAUAAUCCCUGGAGUAAAAACAGACAAGGACAAACUCGUAUAAUAAACCUAUAGAGAUUUUGGUGGUUUUGCAUGUGGCAACAGCAAUAUGCAUGUGACACCAAAGUAUGUAGAAAAGUCACUUGAGCUUCUUGUCCUGAUUGGUUGUUAGGGAUGUGUGUGCUGCAAAAUGCAUGGCUGGAUGUUUUUGUCUUUUGUUUAAAAUUGUUGAAGUCUUGACUUAAAGUAGUCUCAGUACACUCUUAAAAUCGCAUGUGACUUCUGAUGUUUUUGCACAGCUCACCUCAGUUGUUAGAAAGACACUCCCUGUUUCUAAGGCAACAACCGCCAUACUUGAAGUGUUCCCAUGCAGUUGUACACGUCUCGUCCCAAGCAUUUUUCUACGUAAAAAUACAAAAUAGACUUUAUACAUAGACUGGGGAAUGUCCUGACAGCAUUGGCCUCUCGCUUGGCAUGCUGGGAAGUUGAGUUCUUGGUUCUUGAUUCCAUCUUUAUGAAUGAAUGUGAAGUGAUUGAAAAAACCAGGAGGGUUGCACCAAGUUUGCACAUGUUAAAAAGUUACAAUAGCAUUGUCUUGCAAAAGGAAGAACUGUGGAUAUUUAUUUUUUGAGCUUUCUUGUCUGUAUAAGAGACACUUUCCAAAUGAAUAAUGAAACCUGAUCCAAUUUGCUGUUCUGGAGGUUGUUACUAAAAGGUGUGUUUAACUGUCAUCUCAGUGUUUGUUGUUUAAAAUCAAAACCGGUUUACACUUUUUUUCUUGAUGGCUGCAAUACAGAAAAGAUAUUUGUAUUAAUCUUUACACUCUAAUUUGUGAUUUUUCGUUCAAGGCAGGGCCAUAAAACCACAAGAGUUUGCACUUUUCCCGUGGAGGCCAUUUUGGCUCCAACAGGCAUCCGAAACAGGUGCUCCUAGUGCCAGCUCAAAUGAUCUCUGAAUGUUGAGUUUGUUGUCACUAAUGGCAACGCAGGGGCAAUGUAAUGUUAAAUAAAUCCACCUCAGCCUGGUUUAGUUUUGCCUUCAAUGAGAUGAGAAAGUUGCCUAUAUUAUUCUUCGAACUUGAGAGGUCGAAUCAAGAUUACUUAAAGAAUGGGAAAGCACGUAUGCGCAGUGUACUAUAAUAUAUAUGCCUUGUUAUUUUGAAAAAGAAGAUGUAAAUAUACUUACUCCUCUUUUAGUUUCUUCUUUUUUGCUGCUAUAAAAAGAUGAUUAUUUUUGUUAGUUUUGUUUUCUAUAUAAAGACUGUAUAUAUCUCUAUGUAUGUAAAUAUGCUUGAGCCUUCAUAUGUAGGACUCUGGAUGAACACUGUAUUGAACGCACCUUUAAAAUCUGUUCAACUAAA